AUGGAGCCUGAAGACUUUGAUUCCGAGGACAAGGAGAUGUUAAGCUGGGAUAUUAAUGAUAUGAAACUGCCUCAGAAUGUGAAAAAGACCGACUGGUUCCAGGAAUGGCCAGAUUCCUAUGAGAAGCACAUCUACAGCUCAGAGGACAGGAAUGCGCAGCGACACCUGAGCAGCUGGGCCAUGCGCAACACCAACAACCACAACUCACGCAUCCUCAAGAAGUCCUGUCUGGGCGUGGUGGUGUGCGGCCGAGACUGCUCCGCCGAGGAGGGGCGGAAGAUCUACCUGCGACCUGCCAUCUGUGACAAAGCCCGGCAGAAGCAGCAGAGGAAACGCUGUCCCAACUGUGACGGGCCUCUGAAGCUAAUUCCUUGCCGAGGCCAUGGGGGCUUCCCGGUCACCAACUUCUGGAGGCACGACGGACGCUUCAUAUUCUUCCAGUCAAAGGGAGAGCACGAUCAUCCAAAACCAGAAACCAAACUGGAAGCUGAGGCAAGAAGAACAAUGAAGAAAGUACACACGGCAUCUGCCUCUGUCCCCUUAAAGCUGAAGGAGAGCCCAGAGACAAAGUCUCUUCCAGGUGAAACCCAAAGUUGGGGAAGUUUACCUUUAACUUGGUCUUUCCAGGAAGGCGUUCAAUUGCCCGGUAGUUACAGUGGACGUUUAAUAGCUAACACUCCCCAGCAGAAGUCACUGAAUGAUUGCUUAUUCUUCUCCAAGAGCUAUUGCUUGGGGGGAACCACUGAUCUGGCAGACCCCACUUCCACCUUGGGCCCCACUAAGCUCUAUGAGAAAUGCAAACUGUCCAGUAGUUGGAUCUAUAAUAGUGGGGACCUGCUUCAUCCUGUUUCUGGAGUCUUCUCUGACUACGAUGAUCAGCAAACAUGGAAUAAAAACACUGCUUUGGGGAGACAUUCUCUUAAUGACAACUGUUGUCCCAGUUAUCCUUUCCCUCUGACCAGCUGGCCUUACGACUUCUCCCCUUCCCAGAACUCUGCAGAACCCUUUCCCCAGCAGAUUCCAGUGGAGCCACCUGCGGCCGAAAGUAGCUGUCGCCCCUUAUGGCCAAACCCAGGGGGUGAUCUUUAUGAAGAGAAGAUGCAUGUGGAUUUUAACAGCUGCUACCCUUCUACCACAUGCCACUCACCUCAGGAAGACCCUUUUCUCCUUACCUACACCUCCCAUCCCCACCAUCAAUACUCAUUGGCAGGCAAGAGCCGCAAGUGGGAUUUUGAUGAAGAAAUGAGGGGCGUGGGUUUGGAUCACUACAACAAUGAAAUGCUUCUAAACCUCUGUCCUUUAAGAUGA